GCGAGGCCCGCUCCGGGUAGGCGGGGCUGCGGGGCGCAGGGUAUAAAAGUCGGCCCCGAGGUCCGGGCUCAGCUCGCUCCCUCCUCCUCCUCGUCGCCGACCGUCUCUCCAGCGCUCCGUCCUCCAGCAGCCAGCAUGGUGCACUGGACGCCCGUACAGAAGCAGCUGAUCACCGCCCUCUGGAGCGAGGUGGACGUGCUCGAAGUGGACGCUGCCAGCCUCGGGAGACUGCUGGUGGUGUACCCCUGGACCCAGCGCUUCUUCGCCCACUUCGGGAACCUCUCCGGCCCCAGCGACAUCUAUGCCAACCCCCUGGUCAGGGCCCACGGGACGAAGGUGCUGAGCGCCUUCGGGGAGGCCAUCAAGAACAUAGACAGCAUCAAGGAGACCUUCUCCAAGCUGAGUGAGCUGCACGUGGACCCCGAGAACUUCAGGCUUCUGGGCAACGUCCUCAUCAUUGUCCUGGCCGGCGACCAUGGGGAAUAGUUUACCCCCAGCACC